AUGUCUACCACCGAAAAGAGAAAGACCACCAGAAAGAAGAAGGACCCAGAUGCCCCAAAGAGAUCCCUCUCUGCUUACAUGUUCUUUGCCAAUGAAACCAGAGACAUUGUCAGAGCCGAGAACCCAGGUGUCUCCUUUGGCCAAGUCGGUAAGUUGUUGGGUGAAAGAUGGAAGAAGUUGACUGCCGACGAAAAGGUUCCUUACGAAACCAAGGCUGAUGCUGACAAGAAGAGAUACGAGAAAGAAAAGGCCGAAUAUGUCAAGAGAAAUGGCAAUUAA